AUGUCUCGACUCGGAAACCGUGCCGACUGGGCCGACGAUGAGGAGUUCGACGACCCCUCCGCACUCCCCGCGCAACAAGUGAUCACCAACAAAGACGGCACCAAGACGGUCAUCUCUUACCGGUUUAACGACGAGAACAAGAAAGUCAAGGUCACCCGCCGCAUCAAGACCACCGUUGUGCGCGAAAAUGUUAACCCGCAGGUCGCCGAGCGCCGGUCGUGGGCCAAGUUCGGGCUCGAGAAGGGCCACGCCGCGGGACCCUCGUUCGACACCACCUCGGUCGGCGAGAACAUCAUUUUCCGGCCCAGCAUCAACUGGAAGGCGCAGGCUAAGGAGGCCGAGAAGGAUGGCGGCGAGAAGGGCAGCAUGAAGGACCAGCUCAAGGACAAGAAGGUCAAGUGUCGUAUUUGCAGUGGCGAGCACUUUACGGCCCGCUGUCCCUUCAAGGACACCAUGGCCCCCGUCGAGGAGCCUACGAGCGGUGCUGGCGGAGAUGCGGACGAAGACAAGGCUGGCGCUCUGGGGAGCGGCUCGUCCAGCUACGUGCCGCCUCACCUGCGGAAGGGUGGUGCUGGUGGUGGCGAGAAGAUGGGUGGCCGUUUCGAGAAGGACGAUCUGGCGACUUUGCGAGUUACAAACGUCAGCGAGUUGGCAGAGGAACAGGAAUUGCGGGAUCUCUUCGAGCGGUUCGGCCGUGUCACCAGAGUCUUCCUGGCCCGGGACAGAGAAACCCAGCGGGCCAAGGGCUUCGCAUUUAUCAGCUAUGCGGAUCGGGGCGAUGCGGCGCUGGCCUGCGAGAAAGUGGACGGCUUUGGUUACCGACACCUGAUUCUUCGCGUCGAGUUUGCCAAGCGGUCGACCUAG